AUGGCGAGCAAGCAACUCAUCCUCGUUGCGUCAUCUUUUCUUCUCAUUGCAUUGGCCUUCUUCCCUUCCACAACCGCCACCGCAUACCCUUCAAAGUCCGAAGUGCAUGUGGUUGUGGAAGGCAUGGUCUACUGCCAGAGCUGUGACUACAGUGGCUGGUCCUUAACUGGAGCUACACCACUCCCUUCGGCUAAAGUCAGCGUUGUCUGCAAAAACAACAUAGGCCAAGUUGGUUACUACAAGACUUUCCAAGCAAAUGCUAAUGGCUAUGUGUAUGCUGAGCUAGAAGGCAACAAAAUGAACAGUGUAAUGGAUUAUCCCCUUCAGAAUUGCCUAGUGAAGUUAGCCUCUUCUCCUCUUCAUAAAUGCAACCUUGCUACCAAUGUCAAUUUCGGACUUGAUGGAGCGCAUCUCCGGUCUGAAGGAAAGAGUCACACAAGUCUGAAUUACAAGGCUGUCAUAUAUGCUGCAGGGCCCUUAGCUUUCCGUCCUGCUCAUUGCCCUUACACUACUCACCAUUAA